GCUACUGCAUGCAUCACCUACAAUUUUUAGUGCAGUUCUGUCACAUUUCAACACAAAAUAAAGGAUAGAAAAACAUUAAAUGUUGAAUGGGAAGUGAUGACAUGCAAUACAAUUAGACACGAUUAGAAAUAGAUUUAGGCUUGUAUACAUUUGGAGUUCCGUCGCCAGAUCUUGCAGUUGCUAUAGCAACCCCUAGCUAUCAUCUGGCUCCUCCUGUGAACGUCCAGUAUCAGGUAUUUAGUCAGAGGACAGAGAGCGGGGCCGCAGCUCGGGGCUCCGGGGCCGCUCCGCGCCUCCUCCUCCUCCUCCUCCUCCUCCGCGGCUGCGCGCUGCUCCGCUUCCUGCUUCGUCAACAGGAGCUUGAAGGAGAUCCUGAAGAACGGAGCAGCGCGCGCGCUCCACUCCGAAAACCCUCCUCCGCUCAGAGCGGACUCGGGAUCGGGACAGACCCGACCGGAGCUCCGCGCUCUCCGCCGACUCCAGUCCCGGUCCUCCGAACAUGGGCUUCGGUUCGGCGCGGAUAUAAACUGCGGGAGUGAGUCAGACGCGGCUUUGCUCUGCUGCGUAGACGGGCUGCAGACGCAUGCGUGUAUGGGUUAAGGUGACUGAUCUGAUGCUCCUGUGGCUUGUCAAGUCAUGGGACCCCAGCAGACGUGGCUCCCAGGGGCGCGGUGCCAAGAGCGUGCCCCCCCAAAGUCUGACCAGGACAAAGAAAAGCGAUGGGCUGAGAUGUUUGAGUUGAUGGACCUCAACAAGGAUGGACACAUCGAUGUUCUGGAGCUGCGAGCCGGACUGGCAGGCCGGGGGCUGUCCAGAGCCUCUGUGGACAGGAUUGUUCAGGCGGGGGACACCAACCAGGACGGAGUGCUGGACUUUGAGGAGUUCAUCCAGUAUCUCCGCAACCAUGAAAAGCAGCUUAAAGUCAUGUUUCGCCGUCUGGACAGGAACAAUGACGGGCAGAUAGAUGCGUCAGAGAUCCAGGACUGCCUCCACAGUAUCGGGGUGAACAUCAGCCUGGAAGAGGCCACCCGGAUUUUGCUGAGCAUGGACAAGGACGGCACCAUGACCAUCGACUGGAACGAGUGGCGAGACCACUUCCUGUUUAACCCCCUCACCAACAUGGAGGACGUGGCACGUCACUGGAAGCGUUCCAUGAUGUUGGACACGGGUGAGCAGCUCACUGUCCCAGACGAGUUCACAGAGGAGGAGAAGAAAUCCGGUUUUGUGUGGCGACAGCUGAUGGCCGGAGCCAUGGCCGGAUCCGUGUCCCGUACGGGAACCGCCCCGCUGGACCGCCUCAAAGUUUUCCGGCAGGUCCACGGUUCCUCUGACUUCAGGGGCAACGUGCUGAGUGGGUUCAAGCACAUGCUGAGGGAGGGGGGCGUCCGCUCGCUGUGGAGAGGAAACGGGGUCAAUGUUCUGAAACUGGGCCCUGAGACCGCCAUCAAGUUCACAGCUUAUGAGAAGGUGAAGAGCCUGAUCCGAGGCCACGAUGAAACUAGAACUCUGAGGGUUCAUGAGAGGUUUGUUGCUGGUUGUAUGGCUGGAGCAACGGCUCAGACCACCAUCUACCCCAUGGAGGUGUUGAAAACCCGUCUGACACUCCGAAAAACGGGUCAGUACUCAGGAUUGGCUGACUGUGCCACACAGAUCCUGCGGCGGGAAGGAGUCGGCGCCUUUUACAAGGGCUACAUCCCCAACAUGCUGAGCAUCGUCCCUUACGCGGGCAUCGACCUGGCCGUGUACGAGACGCUGAAGUUCGCCUGGCUGAACAGGAACAGGGGCGUGGCCGACCCGGGCGUGAUGGUGCUGGUUGGGUGUGGAGCCGUUUCCAGCACUUGCGGACAGCUGGCGAGUUACCCCCUGGCACUGAUCCGCACUCGAAUGCAGGCACAAGCUUCAGUGAAAGGAGCUCCCAGAAUCUCCAUGCUGUCCUUGCUUCAUAACAUCAUCACCCAGGAGGGUAUCGCUGGACUUUACCGAGGAAUUUCCCCCAACCUCCUAAAAGUCGUCCCCGCCGUGAGCCUGUCCUACGUCGUCUAUGAAUACACGAGGAUGAUGCUGGGCGUGGACAUCGAGGGUAGGAGAUCGAGGAAGGGUUAGCAGACGGAGGAAUGGUUUGCUGUGGUUUUGAUCUGCAGGCACAUGCAGAUCGACUGUUGGUGCACGAGGAAACGUGACCCCCCAUCCAGCAAAAGCUGGAUCAGCUCUCUAACACAGAGGGAUCUGCAUGAGUGCAUGUCUGCUCAGUAACCUGCAUCCUGCUGCUGCAGGGACUCAGACUCUGGGGGAUUUGCAUGAACUUCCUGGAGGUCUUGUGAAACGUGAAAACUCGUUUUCUACAGCAUUGUCUUCUCACCCUGCAGAGGGUUCAAGGUGACCAGAACCUGACCGGACCCUCACCUGCAGUGAGGUCAUGGACUCAUCCAGAAACAUUUAUUUAUCAGAAAUUUCCAAAACACAAAAGAGGUUAAAGCAGGAGGAGACACGCCGACACCGUGGACUCCUGCUUUUAGGAGAGGAGCCAGAAAAGAUUUCAUCACCAAGAACACGAGCAGAUCCGGAUCAGUGCUGGACAGGGAGAAUGCUCAUCGGAGACACUCUGGAGUCUCCUGCCCUGAUUGGGUUCAGACUGUUGUUGAAUAAAAUAGAGAUGUUAUUUAUAAGCUGCAUAUUAUCUGGAUCUGUGAUGGUUUCUCUGAUCAUUUGCUUUUUUUACAAAUGCUUUUAAAGUUCUUUGAGUUCUUUGCUUAUUCUUAAAUACAAGAAUCUCUGAGGCGUGUGACGGAAUUAAAGUCAGAGCUGAUCCUCUGAAGCUUUAGCAGAGUCUAAAAAAGCCAUUUCUGAAUGUCAUGAAGCAUUUUUGUGAUUUAAGCUGAAAUUUUCAGGCAGUCUGCUUCCACCACUGAAAUAAAAACAAUAUCUCUCUGAGUUUA